AUGUCUGAGGCUUUUCGGUACCCCAACGCCUGUGCAAUGCUGAACCAGGCGACGCCCCCACCAGGUACGCUGACUUGCGUGACUGCUCCCGGCGAGAUGCUGCUUCUACCGGAUGAGUGGAUUCAUGCUACGUGUGGCAUUACCGAUUUCACAGCUGCUGCUGGUGGUUGGCUGGCAUACCACACGGACUGA